AUGAUGUCCGCAACACCUUUAGCCCCUCCUCCCGUCAGCCCGCUCGCCCGGUAUCGCUUGCUAUCGCCGAAUGCAGCCGUAAAGGUCAGUCCUCUAUGUCUGAGCACAAUGAGCUUCGGGAACGCAUGGAAGGACCAGAUGGGAGACCGUAGCCAGCGUGAAGUUGAGGCUCUUCUUGAUUACUUUUACUCUCAGGUAAGCACUCAAGCAGGACUCCAGCCUCGAUACUAUAGGAACUUUGUCGAUACGUCCAACAACUAUCAAUUUCAGGAAUCGGAACAAUGGGUCGGUGACUGGAUGAGGAAACGAGGUGUUCGCGACCAAAUGGUGAUCGCGACCAAGUACACAACCAACUUUGUGGCUGGGCCAGCACACCCUCCUAUCAUGGCCAAUUACGCAGGUAACGGAACCAAAAGCCUGGUACAGUCGGUUGAAUCAAGCUUGAAGAAUCUUCAAACGAGCUACAUUGACGUGUGGGACUACAGCACCUCCAUUGCGGAACUGAUGCAGUCUCUCAACCAUCUCGUUGCCAUGGGCAAAGUUCUAUAUCUAGGUGCCAGUAACACGCCUGCCUGGGUCGUAAGCAAGGCGAAUGAAUACGCCAGGCACCAUGGCCUUCGCCAAUUCUCCGUUUACCAGGGUCUGUGGUCUGCGAACUGCCGUGAUUUGGAGCGCGAUGUUGUUCCAAUGUGUAAGAGCGAGGGUAUGGGGAUCACGCCUUGGGGGGCACCUAGCAAAGGGAAGUUCAAACUAGCAGAACGACGAAGAUACGAAGAUGGCCUUCAUUCAGCCUUCAACGACCCUGAAGUGAAGAUAUGUGAGGCAAUGGAGGAUCUUGCAUUUCAGCUCGACACCACCUUGACGUGCAUCGCACUAUCAUAUAUCAUACACAAGGCCCCAUACGUAUUCCCUGUGAUCGCGGCCCGGGGAAUCAGUCAACUGAAAGAAUACAUCCAAGCCCUCGUCGUUAAGCUUGACCCAGAAAACAUCAAGGCGGUUGAUUCAGCAAUCCCUUUUGAUCUAGGUUUUCCCCAUUCUUUACUUUGGAAAAACGACAUCCCUGAGACUCCCCAGAGUGUCAGCUUCUUGGAAAUGGCGGGCACAUUCGACUUUGUUCCAGAACCGGCACCUAUCACCGCGCCAAUGGCUAGAACCGACGAAUAUAAUAGAGGUGGUUUCGCAGCCAGAAAAGCCCCAAACCUAAGGUUUUCAAAACCUCGUGGCAGAAUGCAGUGA